AUGAAAGUAAUUAAAGAAAAAAAAUCACUUAAAAAUAAAAAUGACUCAAUGGAUAUCGAGGAUAGUAUUGAAAAAUUAAAGGUAAAAUCGCGCAUACCCGAUUUUACAGGCCUAACAAUUCCAAAGUCUUUAAAAUAUUCUUCACAAUCUCCUUCAAGCUCUCAAUCUUUAACUAAAGAUGUCGGCUUGUCGAGAGAUAGCGAAGCAUUAAAUAAAUCUUCACCUAAAUUCCGCGACAUUAGUAAAAAAUCAAGCAUCCCAGUCCUGAGACGAAGUGAAAUUCGUGAGUAUGAAGACAUUAAUCCGCGAAACGAAGCCCGAAGAUCUCAUAUACCUCUUCAACGAAGCACCCGUGGAAGUGCUGAUGACUUGAGACCACCCUCAACUCCCACGCGAAUAUUCAGCAACAACAACAGCAAUAUUAUCAACAAUAAUUACCAGCUGGAGAAAGAAAGCUCGCCGAGUUUGAUUCCUAAAUUACUGCUGCUGCAAAAAAACAAACGAGCUAAAUUUAAUAUUGAAAAAGUUAACAUGGAUGUUGAGGAUUUUGCUUCUGGUGAGGACAAAAAUAAACUGGAUGUUGUUGUUAGUAAAGAUAAGGACCAAGAAGAAGAACAAGAAGAAGAAGAAGAAGGGAGUAAGGAUGUUAAGACUAUUGUAGAAGAUGAUAAGGAUGACGAGGAGUCAGCUGGUAGAAGAUUGUCCAGCCACUUGUCUCCAGAAGCUAGUCCUCUUAGCACAAGAUCGUCUUCUAGGUACAGUCCUAGAGAAAGCGAGAGCGAACCUACUCCGGGGCUUCCGAGGAAAAUUGUCGCGGAGAGGAGCGAGUCGUUGAGUUCUCAGAGGAUUCGCGAUGCUAUUUCGAGGACUAGGAGGGAGUCUAAUAGCAGUGCUAGAGACAGAGUUCGUGACAGCGAAGCUACCAGCGCCGGAGAAGAUGACCCACCGAGGGUCAGCGAUACGCGCUCGGAUUCCGCUGUUAAGUUUGGUAAUGUUUCUUCGCAGGGGCGAACUAUACUACGAAGGCGCAGACAGUUUGAUUCGCAAGGUUCAAGAAGAAGAGGAAGAUCAUACGCAAGGUCAUACAGUACAGAAGACAUAUCAUUCCAAAUAGCCCGUCAAAGUCUUCUUCGUAGUGGAUCCGGGGAUUCCCCGAGGAUUCCCGAUUAUCGGCGGCUGGUUUUCAUCAGCUCGGACUCAUCGUCCGGGCGAGAUGAAGAGGAUGACGCUGACAGCAGCUGUUCCGGGUCAUCUUACUUGACUGGCGGGAUCCCACCUGGAACAGCGAGGAACACCAGCAGUCACAGUCAGAGCCUCGAGGACUGUGACUGGGAUUAUUUUGAAAGCAAUAGCUUGCCUUCUUUGCCAUCUGCGUUGUGCAGUGAUGCUUCGGGUCAUCCGAUUAAUGAUAUUAAGGAUGCUAAUGUUUGGGAUUGUUGUCUUGGUCGGCGACUGCCGUACCCAGUUCCAGUUCCAGCGUCUCUCUGGAACAACGGUGACUUCGCAGCAGCGGCAGCCUCUUCAAUGAUAACCGCGAGCAAGUCAGACAACCUUAAACUAAAAAACGUCGGACCUUGGUUCUCUUGGCACCCUAAAUUCAUCUCCCAAUCAGAAAUUCACCGAAGUUUUUACUGCGACCCCAAAAUAAUGGACUCCGGCAGCUUCAACACCGCAGACUCUAUAUUUACAUUCCGGCCCGACGGUUCUUUAGUUGGCCACUACGAAAGUAUUUACCACGGCGCUCAUUUGAAGUUCGACGAACCAACUCUUAACCUUAAAGACCCUCCAAAGGAAGACAAUGAAAAAUCAUCAGUUCAAUCUAAUAAUGAAGACACUAAUCUUGAAAUUAAUUGCAAUGGGUCCGAUCAUGAAAUAAGUAACCAAGUGCCAUUAGAUGAUAAUAAUUCUCCUUCAAUUCCAGAUAACAACAAUGAAGAUGAUGAUGAAGAUGAAGAAAAUUCAAGCUCUUGUGCAGACAGCAGUGAUUUUGAUGAUGAAGAAAAAUCUCACCGUUUUUCUCGAGUAUUUGUUGUCAAUAAUGAUGAUGAUGAUGAUGAUGAUGAAGAUGAUGAAAAUAAAGAAGAAGAAAGUUUAUUGCCAAGUUAUCAAGAAUCAGCUGAUCAAAAUGGCGUAAUUCUCAAAACCAUUAAUUCUAACCUCGAGAAUAUUCCAGUGGCGCCAUCAUCGGAUUCUAAAAGUACUAAAAGUGUUUCUAAUAAUGACAUUAGCUACUCAGCUGACUCAGCGGAUAAUUUAGACACCAUAACCUUAAAAUCAAUCCGAAAUAUAAACCCUGAAAUUUUGACAGCUGACUCAAAAAGUGACAAUGUGAUUAAUAAUAAUAAUAAUAAUAAUAAUAAUAAUAAUGACAACAAUGUGAUUAGUGAGUCAAUAGUGCCAGAUUCAUUAGAAGUGUGUAAAAGUGAUAAAAGUGCCUUAGAAAAAAAUGCAAAAGAAUGGGUGUCAUAUAAAAAAAAUAAAAGGAUUGUCAGUGAUGAUACAUUAAGCGAAUCAAUGUUAGAGCGGCAGGUGAAGGCAGUGAGUGAAGUGAGUGAGUUACUGGUGGGAGAAAAUGAGGUGGAUGGAAGUGAAACUACAGGUGGGGAGCCAGAGCCAGUGUGCCGGGGAACGCCACUGGAGUCAGUCGAGCUUGGCUUUCCCUCUAAAAUAAAAAAUUAUGACAAUAAAUACUCAAAUAAGUACAAGAGUCUUGUGAUGAUUACAUCUAACGCGUACCAACCAGUGAGUGUUAUAACCUCUGAUACUACGACUCUGCUUCAGCCAGAUGACAGUAGUAAGACGCAAUGUGAUCCUCAACAACAGUCGUCAGGGCUGGCCGGGUACUACCAUCUGGCGCUGGAGGCGUUGGAAACACCUCAACGAGCAGCCUCGGGACCACGUCGACCGUUAAUGGUGAAGCGACGCAGUGAUCACCCAACCGAGAUAACUGACAGUUCUGAAUUAUCAGCUGAUUUUAAUAAUUUUGAAAAAACAGCUGAUUUUAACAAUUUUGAAAAAACACCUGAUUUUAACAAUUCAAAAAAAUCAGCUAAUUUUAGUAAUUUUGAAAAAACAGCUGAUUUUGAUAAUUUUGAAAAAUCAGCUGAUUUUAAUAAUUUAAAAAAAUCAGCUAAUUUAAACAAUUUUGAAAAAACAGCUGAUUUUGAUAAUUUUAAAAAAUCAGCUGAUUUUAACAAUUCAAAAAAAUCAGCUGAUUUUGACAGAUCAGCUGAUUUUAAUAAUUUUGAAAAAUCAGCUGAUUUAAAUAAUUUUGAAAAAACAGCUGAUUUUAAUUAUUUUGAAAAAUCACCUGAUUUAAAUAAUUCAAAAAAAUCAGCUGAUUUUAAUAAUUUUGAAAAAACAGCUGAUAUAAAUUCCCGCGAGUGUUCAGUACAAAAAAGUGACAGUUUAAAACUUUCUCCCACCCAGGUAGACGUAAUCCUGGAGGAAGGUCUCGCGGACGACGACUCCUGGGUGGAGGAAGUGUCCCACGAUGAGGACGAGCAAAGUACCCCAACUACCAACACAGAGGACAGCUCUGAAGACGAAGUAAACCACUUAUCCGGUGACCGGGAGGAAGAAUUGCGUGGUUACCACCGCCAAGCGAUAGACUUUACCCUUCACACCAUAGUCGAGGAGUCUUGCGAGGAAAGUGAGGCUGAGUUUAGCCUCACCUGGAAAUCCAAGCGCCCGCCAUCUACAUCUGAGUUAGAGAAGUACUUUUUUUUCGGGCUAGGUGGCGUUGAGUCACGUCCUGAAAAUCCAGAUUCUGAAUUAGAAAAUCUGAAUAAUGAUGACUUAAAAUGUCUCUCAGCUGAUACUUUAAGUAGGGAAAUUGACAGCUUGUCAGAGACAUCUAGUGUUUACUCAGAGGGUCUAGAGAGUCUUAAGGACCCUGGAAUAAAUUCCGACAGUGCCAAUGACAAUUCUUCCCGGCUUGAAAAAUAUUUUUUGUCGGAAUUUUUGGGCUUUAGAGAAGAUCGUAGGGACUCGGAUGGUUCUGUAGGAAGUGACUCGGAAGGCCGGCCGAGUCCUGAAGCUCAACGGAGGAAAAGGUUGGUCCGAGCUCGGGGUACUGGCAGGUCUCACAGCUCCUCAUUGGACAAUCUUUUAGCUCUGACUCAAAAUUCAGGCUCGCAAAAUUUAACCAGUCAAAAUUCACUCCAAGAUUUGACCAAUCAAGACUCUCCAGACGAGUCUGACGACUCCACAGUCCCUGAUGAAGACGUAGCUGGGUUCGUUGAAGGUGUUGACACGGUAAAGCGUAAAAAAAAGAAGCGCAAUUUAGGAAAUCAUGCUGAGGGUAGCUCAAGCAACAAGAGCCCUGAAUUGGAGGAAGACAAGGAUGUUGAGGCUGCUCAGGUUACUUCUGAGGAAGAAAGGUCCAAGACUCCGCAAGCUGAGGCUCCAGAUGAGGACGACAGGAAGCAGUCCAGGGACUCUGGGUUUGUUGGAAGCUGCGAUGACUUGAUCCAACCUGAGCCUGUUGAUAAUUCUACUCCAGAAUUGAAGAAUUCUGAUGAGAAUGUUGAUGAUAAAAAGGAAUUCGUGGCGAUUCCUAUUAAUCAUUCUUUGUCUAGAAAGGACAGCUUUAAUAACUGGUCCAGUGAUGAGGAGACUAAUCUGAUGAUGUCCAAGAUGCGGCAGUUUUUCAAGACUAUGGUUGCUAAUUCGAAUUCUGCAGCUGCGCCGGUGGUUGUUCAGCAGGCUCAAGAACUGCCACGGGGCAAGCGGACCAAGCCGCCGCAGUUGGUUUAUUUUGAGAAUGAAUUGACUCGCUCAGACCUCGAAGGCGCAGCAAGUAGAUCUACUCUCCAAGAACAAAUCUCUGCCAGCUGUCAGCAGAUCAUCAGCAAUUUCGACAUGAACUCUGAAACAGCUGACCAGGAGCCUAAUAAACCAACAAAUAUUAAGGACACUGCCUUCGUUUACCAGAAGCUGGUCCAGAGUUUUACUAAAAUAGCAGGCGACAGCUCAGACGCCAGCUCGACUCCUUACAGCAGUCCCCCGCUGAUAGCUAAAGUGAUGCACCAUAUAGGCAGCAGGUUGGUGGCGCUGAUGCACCAGGUCUCGGAGAACAACUCUCCGUCAAAUUCUUGGAGGAGGUAUCCUCAACACACUAGGACUCCUUCGUCAGCAUCGACGACUGAAGACGAGUCUACGUCGGAGUCUGCGCAGCAGACUCCGACUUUUAGCCACCUGCAGCUCCCCAGGUCUAAAUCACACGAUCCUUUGUUGUUAAUCAACAGCCACCAGGUCACCGGAGCUGAGAGUGAAGAAAGAGAAGAGAAAGAGACGAGCGACUAUGAAAGGUUCUCCUGGAGAGGAAGUUUUGAAUCCGCGCUCAUGGCUGCUGACUCCAGGAAUAAGUUGAGCUUGAUAAGCUCCGGAGAUAUUGGAGCCACUGCUAAUGUCCUGGCGAUGGCUGCUAAGCGACGCUCUGCUGGAGAUUUGCUGUUUAAUCCUAAAAGCUUCUCCAGGGAGCAGCUGGAUAGAGUUAGAAGCUGUGGGUCCAUUGGAGCUAGUAAUACUAUUACUACAACUAGCUCAGUUGGACAGGGGUCGGUUGAAGAGAAGAUCUGGAGCAAUAGGAGAAGGUCAUCGGUUCCCGAUGACCCCAGGCACAGAAGGCGCAAGUCUGCUGCUGAGAAGGACCAGGAGGAUAAUGAUUCGGAGUUUGAGUUUAAUGAGUCAAGGGCUAUGACUUUGCCGAGAGGACUGCAAACUCCGACGAGUACUUCAACGACUAAUUCGCUCCCGAGGUUGCCGGCUAUUACUUCCGCUAUGCACAAGGCGCAUAGCAUGCGAGCGCCCGUCCCCGACGAAGACACUCUCUCAGAAGCCUGCAGCACACCCAUCAUCGGAGGAGCAAAGCGAUUUGAACCUCGAAGCAGACUCCAGGACUUAAACCGCGCAUCAUUGUCCAGCUUAGGCGCCAGGUCUGACUCAAUGGCGUCAGUGUACAGUGGCGCCGGGGAGGGCAAGUGGUGCGGCUCCGUAGCAGUCCGCGGGGAAGUUGAAUUCUCUCUCCAGUACGAUUACAAGCAGCUGACCUUCCAGGUGAUGAUCAGCCAGUGCAAAGAUCUAGCGCCUGUUGACGUAAAGAGAAACAGGUCCGACCCUUACGUGAAAGUUUAUUUAUUGCCUGAUAAAUCUAAGGGCGGGAAAAGAAAGACAAAAGUUAAGAAGCACACGCUCAAUCCAGUUUUUGAUGAGACACUUAAAUUUAAUAUUAAUUUAAAUUCUUUGGAGAAUAGAAUUUUGUGGUUAACUGUGUGGCACUCGGAUAUGUUCGGGAGGAAUGACUUCCUCGGGGAAGUUCGGAUGCCCUUGGAGAAUAAAAUCUUCGAUGACCCGACGCCAAAGUGGUACCACUUGCAAGAAAGGUCCGAGGCUUUUGAUGACCCUGUGGAGAGAUACAAGGGCGAGGUUAUUGUCGGGCUCAAGUUUGUUCCUCCAGAACUUUGUCAACUCGAGAAUAGAGAGAGAGAGGGCGUUACUAUCGUUGGAGAGCCGAGGAAGGGCAAGAAGAACUGGAGCAGAGGCUCGCUGCAUGUCUUGGUUAAGGAGGCUAGAAAUCUUCAGACGAAAACCAAAAAUUCUGGGACAUGUGACCCCUUUUGCAAGAGCUAUUUGCUACCUGAUAAAGGAAGGGCUGGAAAACAGAAGACCAGUGUUGUUAGGAAGAGCGACGGAAAUCCGGUUUGGGGACACACGUUUAUUUAUAAGGAUCAUUAUUUGAUGCAUUGA